AUGCUUCGCCGCACAUUUACCCGAUUCACGUCUAAGCUCAGUAAGGCGUACCCUGUGAUCGACCACACCUUUGACUGUGUGGUGGUUGGUGCCGGUGGUUCAGGGCUGCGCGCUGCAAUGGGCGUCGCCGCUUCCGGUUACGACGUGGCGUGCAUCUCCAAGCUGUACCCGUCGAGGUCCCACACCAUCGCCGCGCAAGGUGGCAUCAACGCGGCACUCGCCAACUGCGAGGAAGAUGACUGGCGUUGGCACGUGUACGACACAGUAAAGGGAAGUGACUGGUUGGGCGACCAGGACGCAAUUCAGUACAUGUGCCAGGAGGCCCCCUGUGUUGUCUCAGAGUUGGAAAGCAUGGGUCUUCCGUUCCUGCGCACAAAGGAUGGCUUCAUUUAUCAGCGGGCAUUCGGUGGUCAGUCAAUUCACUAUGGUGGAAAGCAGGCGCGACGGACGUGUGCUGCGUCGGAUCGUACUGGGCAUGCGAUGCUGCACACACUCUAUGGUCAGUCCUUCCAGUAUGGAGUGAACUUCUUUAACGAGUACUACUGCCUAGAUUUGAUAGUGGAAGACGGGUGCUGCCGCGGGGUCAUCGCUAUGAGCAUCGAUGACGGCACCAUCCACCGCUUUCGCUCCAAGUACACCGUCCUUGCCACUGGCGGCUACGGCCGCUGCUGGUUCACCACGACCAGUGCUAAGUCUUGCACCGGUGAUGGAACAGCGAUGGUGGCACGUGCUGGUCUUCCAGCGGAGGACAUGGAGUUUGUGCAGUUUCACCCUACAGGCAUCUACGGACCGGGUGUGCUGAUCACGGAGGGUGCUCGUGGUGAAGGUGGCUACCUUGUGAACAGCGAGGGCGAGCGUUUCAUGGAGCGGUAUGCGCCCAAGGCGAAGGACUUGGCCUCUCGUGACGUGGUGUCACGUGCCAUUACGCUGGAGGUCCUCGCGGGGCGUGGCUGCGGCCCGAAGAAGGACCACGUGCUCCUGCAGCUACAUCACCUCCCGCCGGAACAGCUGCACGAGAAGCUGCCAGGUAUCUCCGAGAGCGCCCACAUUUUUGCCGGCGUGGACGUGACGAAGGAGUCGAUCCCGAUUGUACCGACGGUGCAUUAUUCCAUGGGUGGCGUGCCGACGCUCUGGACGGGCGAGGUCGUCAGCCCUCGCAACGGCGACGACGACGCCAUCGUCCCUGGGCUCCUCGCUGCAGGAGAGUGUGCGUGUGCGAGCGUGCAUGGCGCGAACCGCCUCGGCGCAAACUCCCUCCUCGAUAUUGUCGUGUUCGGUAAGUCAUGCGCGAACACCGUCAUAUUUAACCUCACGAAGGAGGGGCGGAAGCAGCCGGAGCUGCGGCCCGACGCCGGUGAGAGUUCGAUCGCUGACCUUGACCGCAUCCUGCACAACAAGGGCGACAUCCCGGUUGCCCGCAUCCGCGAGCGCAUGAAGGAGACGAUGGCGCUCUAUGCCGCAGUGUUCCGUACUGAGGAGAGCAUGCUGAAGGGGCAGGCCAUCAUCGAGGAGUGCUACCGUGACUACUCACACGUGCUCGUGCACGACAAGUCCCCGGUGUGGAAUAGCAACCUCACCGAGGCCCUUGAGCUGCGCAACCUCCUCACCAACGCCCUGCUCACAAUCACCGGUGCGGCAGUGCGGCGGGAGUCGCGCGGUGCACACGCGCGUGACGACUACCCCGAUCGCAACGACCACGAGUGGAUGAAGCACACGCUUUCGUACCUCGAUGACAAGAACGGCAAGGCGCGCCUCGCGUACCGUCGUGUGCACAACGAGAUGCUUACAAACGAGCUGGAGAGCAUUCCCCCCGCGAAACGCGUUUACUAG